AUGAGUGUGAUAUCAGAUUCUAGCGUAGCUUUGUUUAACAAAAUUCCAUCUGGUGCGGUACUCUCCGGUGUUGUACUUUGCUAUCUGUUAUCUGGUGGUAGAGUCUCCAUAUCUCUAGCUCUAAUUAUAAGCUUCUUCAUCCUCAAGAAGCAUAGUUUGGAAGUAUCUGAGAGUGGUGAUGAACUAGAGAAUGAAACACCCAAGAAAAAGAAGGGAUGCUGUGGUGGUAAGAAUGGUGGAUGUUCCAGUAAGAAACUGGACGAAUUUGGCAUGCCAGUGAAGAAGAACAAGGGAUGCUGUGGGGGUGCGUGUAAAUCCAAGAAGGCGCAAGAUCCUGCACCUGUGGUAGAAGUUGGUUACGAUAACGAAAUAGAUUUCACUGAUUCUUUUAAAAAUUGA